AUGAGCAAUGAAUUCCGUGACGACCCAUCCUUCUUACCUUGGGGCCCUUUAAUCUCACCCAACUACAAGAAUGAACCCAUCACCACAGCCGACAUUAUCAUUGCGUCGAUAGUCUGGGGACUGACCUUGAUCAACGUACUCAUCGCGAUAUGGCUUGCCUGGGGACAAUCGAAGGUCUCACGCUCCCCGCUGCGGAGUGUGUACAUCUGGAUGAUAUGGUUGGAGUUGGUUAUCUCGUUCGCGAUGGGUUUUGAGUGCUUCCUGCACCUGCUCAAGUAUAUCAGGCCGAGUUUUGCGUUUUACUUCACCAUUCUUUUCUUCUGGUGUGUUCAAGUUCAGUUAUUGCUGCAAAUCAUCAUCAACCGAAUCCGUGUUAUCGUACCCGACCGCAGGCUCUCGAGGCAUAUCAUGAUCGCAACUGCUAUGUUCGUCACUGCGAUCAACAUCAGUGUUUUCAAUAUUUGGAUACCAGCACGCCUCCAGAUUAGUCAUAAAUAUCACAUCAUCAAUGAAUAUUGGGACCGUAUCGAGAAAUGCUUGUACCUGAUUGUCGAUGCUGCGCUCAACUGGUACUUCCUCAAGACCGUCGAGGCGAACCUCAUCAGCAAUGGUCUUACCAAGUACAACCGACUUGUUCGCUUCAACCGGCGUAUCGUUGCCAUCUCUCUGCUCAUGGACGUCAUGAUUAUUGCAGCCAUGUCGAUACCAAACUCUUUCGUCUACAUCCAAUUCCAUCCUCUCGCAUACCUCGUCAAGUUGAACAUCGAAAUGACCAUGGCCAACCUGAUCAAGCGCAUCGCCAUCUCCGCAUCCCGCAAGCCCGGAAACGCAUCCCUUGCAAACGACUUCAGAUCUUCCAACUUCUCAACGUCCGGCGCCAAAUCUGGUGGCACAGGUGUACCGAAGAAAUCACGUCGCGAAUCCAACCACGAGCUUGCCAGCGUCUUCUCCUACAAAGGCGACGUUUCACACUGCGCAGAGCACGAUCGUGUCGUCAGCUUCGCACCUACCGGCAACGAGAUCAAGAAGACUCAUGAAGUCGUCAUUAGCAGCGAGCCGAACCCGUUCUUCGAACGCGGGAGGAGAGGGUCGAAUGUUGAGAUCACAGGAGGCUAUGACCCGUCGAAGAAAGAUGGCGUCACUGUCGAUGAGAGGGGAGUGGUCAGAACAGGGAGCUUGGAAAGCGUCACUGAGGGGAGUGAGAGUCUGAAAGGUGGUUUAGACACACCGAAGAGGGAUCCGAGCGAUUACAGUGAUGACGAGGCUGCGCUUGUUGGGCGGCAGAAUAGAGGCUGGUAG